AUGAGUGAUGAUGAAGAUGAACCUCGUAUGGUCCAUGACCAACAUUAUGAUGAAUCUAUGGAUGUUGGUGAUGGAGAAGAUGUAACUAGUGUGUACACACCACAAACAAGUAGUCGACGACCUGCAGGUCAAGGCUCACCACGCGGUGGUCUUAAACGUGCAAAAAUUCUUUCUAUUCCAGGUUUUUUUUCACUGUUAGAUAUUGUAAAUAAUGUGACACAUGGUUCUACUUCAAAUUUUUUAGCACCGGAUACUACUAUGCCUACUGCAGGAAUGAGAGUUCCUCAUGGACAACUAGCUCAUCAUCUACAAAAUGAUAGCCCAGAUGAUAGUCCUCGAAGUGGUGAAAAUGAUGAGACACAAGGUGAUUCAGAAUCUGAUCCAGAUUCAUCGCAAGCAUUACAUGGUGGUGGCGGUGGUCAAAAAGAAUAUAAAGCACCUGAUCCAAAUGCAUACGAUCCAAAAAUGUAUCGAGACUUACCAGUAUCAGCAGAAAUUAAGGAUUUAUUUAAAUAUAUUGAAAAAUAUCAACCACAAGAUAUUAUACUGGAAACAAAAUUAAAACCAUUUAUUCCAGAAUUUGUUCCAGCUAUUGGCGAUAUUGAUGCUUUUCUUAAAGUACCUCGACCUGAUGGAAAAGAAGAUUUACUUGGUCUUACUGUACUUGAUGAACCAUCAUCACGACAAAGCGAUCCACAUGUGCUUAGUCUUCAAAUGCGUUAUACAUCCAAACAACCCAUGGCAACAAGUGUACCAAGUAAUGUCAGAAGUGUUACAAAUGCCGACAAAAAUCCAAAAGCAAUCGAAGAAUGGGUUCAUAAUAUUAGUAAAUUACAAAAAAGUAAAACAGUUGAUACUGUUCAAUAUAGAAAGCCUAUGCCAGAUGUUGAUAAUUUAAUGCAAGAAUGGCCAACACAAUUUGAAGAAUUACUUAAAGAGGUAUCUGUACCACCUGCUGAUAUUGAUACUGAUUUAUCGACAUAUACAGAUAUUGCAUGUUCACUUCUGGAUAUUCCUGUAUAUGAAUCUCGUAUUCAAUCAUUGCAUGCUUUAUUUACGCUUUAUCUUGGAUUUAAAAAUUCCGAACAUUUCAAAGCAAUGAUGAAUGUAUCAGAUUUACCAAUACGUCGAGAUGGAAAUAAUCAUGAAGCUGACCAAAUGUUUAUUGAUUAA